AUGAGGCAAAUAACAGUGGAGGCAGGUUCUGAGUCAGUAUCUGGGCCUGACUGGGAACCUGAGCUACACCAGACACCUAUCACCCAGCCAGAGCCUGAGCCAGGACAGACACCCACAGCCCAGACAGCAGCUAAGACUCAGCAGGGACCCAAUACCCAACAGGAGCCUGUUUUACAGCAAAGGCCCCUCCCUCAGCAGGAGCCCGUUGCCCAACAUGAAGCUGGAUCCCAGCAAGAACCUAGAGCCCAACGAAAAUCUGCUUUGCAGCAGGAACUUCUUGCCUCACAGGAACCUGCACCACAGCAAUCACCUCCCAUCUACCAGGUCUCCUUCACUCAACAAGAAGCUGCAUCACAGCAGGGACCUGUGCCAGGCAGUGAAUCUAAAACACAACAGGAACCAGAAUUGAGAGAGAGAGAUGUAGCUCAGUGGGGACCUGGCCCAGUAGAGCCACCUGUAGCUCAACAAGAAGCUGGAUCAACACCUCCAGCCCAGCCUAGACCUGGACCCGAAAAUAGACCACCUGCCCAGACUGACUCUACAUCUCAAGAGAGACUGAAACACUCAGACCCUGCUGCCCAGAAAACCUCUUCAGCCCAGGAAGCCAAACCCCAGCAAGGAUAUUUGGCUGAGAGGGGAUUUCUAUCAAAACUGCACGACCUAUCCUUAGAGCACCCGGCCUCAGAUUCUGACUUAGAAUCAGAUUUGGGGUCUCCAUUAGAGGCACAUUCGCCAGCCAUGACGGGUAGAACAGUAGCCCCAGGAAUGAAGUUGGUCUCCAAGGAGAAACCUGGCUAUGAAGUGGUGUCAGAAUAUGGUGGGCCAUCAGCACACGGGGAAAAAAACAGCAGCCCAAAUCAGAGACCCUACCGGGACACAGGUGAGUUUAAGCCUGGAGGAACGGGAACCUCCCAGGGACAGCCAUUCACUCAGUCUUAGUCGAGACUAAGAACUGCCAGCAAGUCGGUUGGCACAGGUGUUCUCUCAACAGUCCUGCCUGACAAAGAUCAGCAGCCCCCACCUGAUAGAUGAGGACGCUGAGGCAGAGAUGAAAAGGAUCCUGCAGGACGCAGGCUAGUUAGCAAGUAGCAAAGCCAGGAGGGGAGGCAG